AGUGAUCCCACUGUUUUUACAAUGACAGCUAUAGGGGUCAUAACUCAAAAACCCAUAUCUCUUGAUUGAAUGAAAUACUCCUAGGGUUUCCUUUUCAUUACUUAGGCCAACCCAUUUCUCUCUCUCAUUUGCUCAAAGAGUAGUAGAGGGGAAGGUGCAAUAAGGGUUCUUGGUUGUCUUAUACCAACCCCCUUUGCUUCUUCUUUAAUUUUGUGGGUUUGGGUUGUUGAGUUUUAUGUUCAUCUCUAAUCUUGGUCUAAAAUACAUUUUUGGGGGGUGUAUAAAUAUGAAAAGUUUCUUGGAAGUGUUGAUGGGAAAGUUGAGAUCUUGAAAGUGAUUGAAAAGAGAGUUCUGAGUCUUUUUCAUACCAAAGUUUUGAUUUUUAUUUUGUUUUUUAGUAACAAGAGAGAGUGCGGGGUGGGGGGGGUGGGGGGGUUCAGUUUGGAUGAAUUUUGGAGGCUUCAUUGGCAGUAGAAGGAGAGGAAACGGCGGUGCCGGUUGUGGUUCUGGGGUUUCAAGAUUGGUGACUGAUAGUUCAUACGAAGCCAUGCCUAGUGCCACUAUUGCUCAGUCACAACUUAUCACAUCAUCUUUACCUCGUUCAAUGUUUAACUCUUCCCCAUUAUCACUUGCUCUUAAACCGAAGAUGGAAGGUGCUGGUGACAUGAAUUAUAAUGCUGCUGCAAUGGGAAGGACUUCCAGAGACGAUGAUUAUGAGAGCAGGUCUGGCAGUGAGAACUUAGAAGGGGUUGGAUCGGGCGAUGAAAUGGAAACUCACAUUGGUAACUCAUCGGGAUCGAAAAGAAGAUACAAUAGGCACACCCCAUACCAGAUUCAAGAACUUGAAGCUUCUUUUAAGGAGAAUCCACACCCUGAUGAGAAAGCAAGACUAGAGCUUGGUAAGAGAUUGACAUUGGCAAGCAAGCAGGUGAAAUUCUGGUUCCAAAACAGGAGAACCCAAAUGAAGACCCAGAUGGAACGCCAUGAGAAUUCAAUGUUGAAACAAGAAAACGACAAGCUCCGCAUUGAGAACAUAGCAAUGAGGGAAGCGAUGCGAAGCCCAGCUUGCCCCCAAUGUGGUAGUCAGGCAAUUCUUGGUGAAAUACACAUCGAAGAACAUCAUUUGAAGAUUGAGAAUGCCCGGCUGAGAGAUGAAUACAAUAGGCUCUGUGUUGUGGCGAACAAGUUUUUAGGCAGGCCUUUGGAAUCUUUCCAUGCUUCAAUGCCAGCUGGAAUGGCUAAUGCAGGUUUGGACCUUGCUGUGGGAAGAAACGGCUUUGGUGUUAUGAACUCUGUUGACACUGCAUUGCCAAUGGGACUUACUUUUGGCAAUAACUUCUCAAGUGCUCUACCAGCGAUUUUACCUAGGCCCACCCAGAACAUGGCUGGUGUAGAUGCAUCCUAUGAUAAGAACAUGUUAAUGGAGCUUGCUUUUGUUUCCAUGAAUGAGCUGAUUAAGCUGGCCGAUAUGGGUGGUCCUAUGUGGCUUAGGAACUCUGAUGGAAGUGCGGAAGAAUUGAACCUUGAGGAGUAUGUUAGGUCUUUCUCUCCAUGUAUUGGCAUGAAGCCUGCCCACUUCACAGCUGAAGCAACAAAGGCAACUGGAACUGUGAUGAUCAACAGCCUGGCCUUGGUGGAGAGUCUAAUGGACACAAGUCGAUGGAUGGAAAUGUUCUCAUUCAUUGUUGCCAGAACCACUACAAUUAAUGUGAUCUCCAACAGCUCGGGUGGAAGCGAGGAUGGCAAUUUGCAUAUGAUCCAAGCUGAGUUCCAAGUUCCGUCUGCUUUGGUUCCUCUCCGUCAAGUAAAGUUUCUGCGCUACUGCAAGCAAUAUGCUGAAGGUGUCUGGGCAGUGGUGGAUGUGUCUAUUGAUGCUAUCCAAGAAGGUUCACAACUGUGUGAAGCUGGAAAGUGCAGGAGGCUCCCUUCUGGAUGUAUCAUUCAAGACUUGCCCGAUGGGUACUCAAAGGUUAUUUGGAUUGAGCACAUGGAGUAUGAUGAGAGUACCAUCCACAAUUACUACCGCCCUUACAUCAGGUCUGGCCUGGGCUUUGGUGCCCAACGGUGGAUUGCCACCCUACAAAGGCAAUGCGAGUUCUUGGCAGUCAUGUCUUCUGCUGUGCCCAGUGGUGAUAAUUCAGUUGUUAGUCCCAGUAGUCGGAGAAGUAUUGCAAUGUUGGCUCGACGCGUGACUCGCAGCUUUUAUGGUGGGGUUUGUUCAACCUAUUACAGGUGGGAACCAAUCCAAUCAGGGACUGCAGAGGAGAGUAAGUUGAUUAUGAGGAAGGCCAUUGGUGAAUUUGGUGACCCUCAUGGUGUGGUGUUGAGUGCCACCAGGACCCUCUGGCUGCCGGUAUCACAUCAACGUUUGUUUGACUUCCUGCGAAAUGAACAAACAAGAAGUGAAUGGGAUGUCUUGUCUCAUGGUGGUUCCAUGCACCCACUAGUCCACAUUGCCAAGGGUCAGGAUCUUGGCAAUAGCAUCUCUCUGUUUCGCACCCAUGUGACUGGUAGUGAUGGUAAUCAAAAUAGUAUGCUGACCUUGCAAGAGACGUACACAGAUGUAUCCGGUUCAAUUAUAGCAUAUACAUCACUUGAUGCUGGAGACAUGAACGUUAUGAUGAGUGGUGGAGAUUCCUCCUGCGUGGUUUUCCUUCCAUCUGGAUUUGUUAUCUUUCCAGAUUGCUACGAGAAUUCCAAUGGGGUAGCAGCUAAGAAUGGAGUGCUGGAAAAUGAGGGCAAGAGUAAUGGGUCACUAUUGACCGUUGGAUUCCAGAUUUUAGUGAACAGCCUGCCUACAGGAAAUCUGACUAUGGAUUCGAUCAACACUGUCAACACCCUCAUCACCCGUACAGUGCAAGAUCUCAAAAUUGCAUUCCAGUGCAAUUAAUCUCCAAGUAGAAGUUUGUUGCAUCACUAGUUUGGUUUUUCUGGGUUGUGGUGCAUGUUAUACAGAAUUAAGACGGUUUUGAGUCAAUGAACGAACCGAGGUGGUUCGUUUGGAUGUAUUUGCAAGAAGAUUGUGGUGUGGUUCGCCCUUUACAUUAUUGCGUGAGCUGCUAUAGCUAGUUUUAUUUCUUCUUGCUAAACAUGAUAUACCCUCUGGUGUCGUUUUGUCCGUGUCUGAAUCUUACUUUUGUUUUAUGGGUGUUAUAAUAUAUUUGGAUUUUAGUUCAUCGGUAUUUGUUUGACCUUUAAAUAAUGAUUGAUUGGAGUUUGUAUUUUGCGACGAAUA